AUGCUGUGUAUGAUCAUCUUUCUCUUACUGAUUCUUUUCAUUACGUUUAAACUAUAUCAACACUUUUUUCCCGCACCACUCGUCAAUCCACAAGGUAAAUAUGUUUUGAUUAGCGGUUGCGAUACGGGUUUUGGGCAUGAAUUAGCCAAAGUUCUAGACGGGCAAGGCUUUAAUGUAUUAGCUGGAGUGUAUUCGAAUGAGUCAAAAGAAAAAUUGGGCAAAAAUUUGUCGAAGAAAGCCACCGUCUUCAAACUUGAUAUAACAAAACAGCAAGAUAUAGACGCUGCAUUUGACCUAGUCAAGGCUAAAACAGAUAAUUUAUAUGCUCUGGUGAAUAAUGCUGGAGUGGGAAAAGGUGGUCUUAUCGAUUGGAUACCGAUGCAACUAUAUCGCGAUUUAAUGGAAGUUAACUUUUUUGGCCAUGUAUCGAUGACAAAAACGUUUUUACCGUUACUACUAAAACAAGCAGGCAAUCGGGUUAUUAAUUUAACGUCUGUUGCUGGUUAUUUCGCUGGUCCAGCUUUGUCGCCGUAUUGUGCGAGUAAAUCCGCACUUGAAGCCUUCUCAGAUUGUUUACGACGAGAAAUGGCCACAUGGGGUUUAAAAGUAUCAAUAUUGGAACCCGGUUUCAUGCGAACAGCAAUUAUCGAAGGACAUAAAGAAACGUUGAAACGAUUAUGGGCAGAUUUGCCUGUUGCCACUCAGGAGCGAUGGGGUGAAGGAUUCUUCAAUAACCAGCUGCAGAAUCGUACGAAUAAUGUUUUCAUGAAACAUGCCCAAGAUCCAAUUAUUGUCGUUCGAGCUCUACAACACGCCGUAUCGAGCACUCAACCAAGAAUUCGUUACCGUCCUGGUUGGCAAUCGGCAUACUUUUUUUAUCCGCUGUCGAUGAUGCCGGCUUGUGUUGGUGAUUUUGUUUUGAGUUUAACCGGCACCAAAGGAGAGAAGCCCGCUGGUGUUUUGAAACGAUUAGAACAAGCGGUAAAACAGUCACAACCAAAUUAA